AAAAGUAAAAAACUAACUUUAAAACGUACGACCACAUAAAGUUCUCAUCGAGACAAUAAAUAUCUCUUUUUGUCUUAGAAAUUGUCCGUAUGCUGGAAAGUGCGGAGAAAAAAUCGCCAAAAGCUUUCAGACGAGAAGAGCCAACAAGACAUUUCAUUUUAAUUUCCACCAUAAUGACGUGGGCUUUCACGAAGCCGUUAGACCCGGCAGAUCCUGAUUUACCAUUCACGGAAGCUGAUUAUCGAAAACAAAAGCCUCAUCCGAAUUACAAGGAACAUAUUCAGUGCGAGAGGGAGGUUGUGGCUGUCAGGAGGAUCGCUAAUUUAAAGAGCAAAUUAAGAACAUUGGUUAUUUGUUGCGGUAUCACAUACGGCGAGGAGGAAGGUCCGCUUCAUUAUCUGUUCAAAAUGGCGUGGCAAAACGCGCCUUUGUUACCGAUAUUUGGCAAAGGACGGAACAAGAUACCUCUCUUACACGUUCGCGAUUUAGCCGCAACUGUAUCCUCGGUGCUACAAAAUUGGCCGUCGAUACGGUAUAUCGUGGCCGUGGAGCGGGAUUUAAUCUCUCAAAAUACGAUCGUUAAGGUACGAAUCCUUUCGCUUAUUGCUAACUAAAUACUACAAGUUUCGUAUCGCAAAUAUUUCCUUGUAUUUUCUGUAUCAUAAAACGAAACAGAACAUUUAGGAGUAAACAUCCGUGUUUACAACAAGAAAAAUAUAUUAAUAAAAUGUAUAAGGCUCUGAUGUGAAAUGACAGAUUCCGAAGUAAUAAAGGAGUAAGAGCCAAGAC